ACUACUUUAUCAAAACACAGCUGACUGGUGGCAUUUACUGUACAGGAAAGGGAAAAGGGAAAAUGCACAGUUUGAAAACAAGAUGACGCCCUAGUACCUCACUGGCUGGACCUGAUAUACAAGGAAGUGCAGCGAGUACAAAGUCCUGCACCAGUCCGUUGCUCUCAUCUCAGGAAGAUAUUCCACAACUGACUGCUGACAACAGGGCAGACUUCUUUUACAGGUUUUUAUGUCUUAUUUGGUUAAGGGUUUUUCUGACAACAUAAAAGGCGUUUCUAAAUUAUCUUGCUCUAUGAAAUUGCGUCCACUCUCCUUGACCCCCGGAAAGUUGGUUUGCUGUUAAGCGAAGUGGGGAAAUUGUUCACCUUACACCACUGGAUUUGACCUCAUUUUUACGCUGUAGAGGGCAGUUUUGAAAAGGUGUCAUGAGUCACCGCUGGAGCGUCUCUCUGUUACUGCUGCUUCUGUGGCCAUCUUGGUACCACUGCAUGACGAUCCACUUCCAGACCCUGCAGCCGGUCUACGCGUUUCCAGCUGAAUGUUUAGUUCUCCAAAUCCAGAUUAAUCACGAUUCCACAGAAAAGAUUGCCCAGAUAAGAUGGGAACGGGAGACCGGGAACAUGAAAGACCCAGGAAAUCUUGGGAAGGUGACGUUAAUCACGUUCCCUGGUCAAGCCAAAGGCUUGGACGGGCGUCUCAGUCUGGAUCAGCAGGGGACAGUGCUGAAGCUGGAGGGCUUUGGUCUGAUGGACAGCGGGGUGUACAUUGUGACUGUCACUGACCAGGGAGGAGCCGAGACCUCAGCGCAAUGUGUUGUCAAGGAGUACGAGGCUGUUCAUCACCCAUCAGUCCGACUCAAUGUGUCUCACUCAUCCCUGUACUGUGUGGAGGCCUGGGGAACAGACCUCAGGUUCAGCUGGUUGCACGAGCAGGCAGCCAUUACCGACGCCGUGGGACACGUAUCGCCUGAUGGGAAGACUUUGUUCGUUUCCUCCACCCCCAUCUGUGGUCACUUCACCUGCGUUGUGAGAAACAAACUGGGCCACAGCUCUGCCACCUACACCGCCGAGCCAUGUAAGAGGGAGGGCAAAGGGACAACCGUGGCAGGGCUCUCCCUCAUCCUCCUGCUGGUCUGUGGAGGAGCCCUGGCUUUUCUCCUCUGGAGAAGAUACAAGCGCUACAGCAACAGAGGACAGAGGCUUCGGGAUGAUUUUGAGGACAACACCCAAAUUUUCUCGGCACACUCCCCUGCUCUGAGAUGGACACAGAACCACACAUGAAAUGACAGUGAGUGGAGAGAACCCUUUGGGAAGAGUUUCCUGCCCUGUGAGCAGCAUGACCUUUCAAAGCAUUGAAACAAUGUGGAAAGUGAACUGCUUGUUGGCCAUUUGACAAGUUCUUAAAAUGGAACAGUCAACUUUUGCCCCGUGUACUGCCUGUUUUUUUGUUGCAGCUAUAAUUUUUCAUUCUGCCUCUUUGUACUGGACUACACUUGAUAUUUUUUGAUAUACAGCUCUAAAAUUACUUGUUUUAAAAACACCAACACUAAUAUGUAACUGAUAAAUGUAUUGUAUAUUCA